AUGAAACUGGCAGUCAGCUGUGCAAUGAAUCAAAAUAGAAGCAUGCAGACACACGAUCUAUUUAUGAAGAAGGGAAUCCCGAUCAAGUCUUUUGGCACAAACCCUGUCAUAAAGCUCCCAGGAGAAACUGUGGAGAGGCCGAAUGUGUACAGCUUUGACAACACAUACCAGCAAAUCUACGACGAUCUGUGCAUGAAGAACGAAGAUUAUUAUAGAGAGUCUGGGAUUCUUUACUUGCUAGAGAGGAAUAUGAGGGUGAAGGAGAAGCCGGAGAACUUCUUCCAGAGAGACGAAGACUUCGAUCUAGUGAUAACUUGCGAGGAAAGAGUGUUUACCAGCAUAUUUGAGCAUUAUGUCGACAGUCCUUCUUGCACAAGGUUUUUCUUCAUGGUGAAUUUUGACAUCAAGGAUACGCCAUCGGAUGCAAUCACUGGGGCCCAGGAGAUACUUGAGUUUGUGGAGGAUGUUCUUUCUCUGGAGGAAGAGGGGCUGGAGUAUGCCGUGGAUGCUGCACUGAGGAGAUACUUUGAGAGAAAAGGAGCCAUGCUUCUGUUUACUGUUGUGAAUUUAUAG